UUACACUGUAAAAUUCACUUUGAUUAAUUCUUUUGAUUGGUCCAUAAUUUGUUUCCUGGUUAUUUCAUUGCUCUGAUUUUCGUAUGGUCUCCUUGUCCUGAGUAGUUUAGUGUGGAAUGCAGUGGUAAUUUUUUAAAGUGAUUACAAAUUGAGUAUUAUUCAGGAGUUGGUAAUCUAUGUUUGCACAACUAUAUUUGAUUGCUUCAUAAUUUGUCUCCUUCCCAUUUUAUCGCUCUGAUUUUCUUAUAGUCUUUUUGUCCUGAGUAGUUGGGUGUGGAAUGCAGUGCUAAUCUUUUAUAGUGAUUCCAAAUUUGAUAGUAUCUAGGAGUUGGCAAUCUAUGCUUGCACAACUAUAUUCACCCAAAAAACAAAUAUUUGUCAAAAUUUUCAUAAUUUUGAGCAGAAAUAUUAAUGCCGUGUAGCCAAAAACAGGAAAAAAAUAAGAAAAGAGAAGAGAUUUACGCUCUGUAAAUUUAAUUCGGAUAAAUCAUACUGAAUUACAUGCAUUUCAAUAAAUUGCAAUAAAUUCUAUGUAGCUUGGUGAGCUUGAUGUAUACAACGAUUUCAUUUUCUAUCCAUGAUUUUGACUUUUUAAAAGUGUGAUGAAAUUUAUUGCUCGAAUAUUUAUAAAUGUUAUUUUCUGUAUAAAUUUAUUUGAUGCGAUGAAUUUAACAUAUCUGUCUUGAGCAAUAACAAACAUUUGAUUUAUUUGCUCUAUAUAUAUUAUUAAUUGCUUUCUUGGAUCAUUUGUCAUGGGAAUCAAUUUAUGUAUGAGGCUCAUUUUGGUUCCCCAUAUUUAUCUCUUAUAUUAUGUUCACCAGCAACACAUGAAAUGUUACGGUUCUCUUCACAUGUAAAAGACACAAAAAAAAUAUAAACUUGGACUGGUUUUGGUUUUAAAAUUUUACCUGCUAGAGAGAAAGAAAGACUAGAAGAAAAUAAUUUUUUGUUUUGUUUGAUUGACCAGUGAUCAACUUAUGAUUACCCUUACCAUUAUUUCAAGUUCUCUGCUUUAGUCUGAAAAUAAUUGCUGCUUCUUAUGUGGCUAUGAUCCCUUUGGCCACCAAAUUGAUGUCACAAUAUUACUUGUACUAAGUUGGAAUGGGAAUUCCUUGUCUAACUUAAUAAAAAUUUGGGCUAUCUUUUGUACCAGCAUUUUCUCUUUGAUCACAGGUAGUUUCAUAAUUUUUUGUUUUUGAGUGAUUCAUAAGUACUCUAACAACCCUCAUUUCAUUGAGUUUUUCAACUAAUGACUCUUUACCUUGACAACUCCAAUCCCAUAUAAUCAUGUCUUUAGUCAUUUGGCUGAGGUUGUGCAUUAGUGGCCAAAAUGUACAUGAGCAUGUAGAAUAUCUAGGUGUGCUUAACUGGUACAUGGGAUCUUUUGUUGCGUAUAACUGUUCUAGUAUUGCAGAUUGUUGGCAAUAAAUUGAUUCGUAAGUCAUGCAAAAAUAAUGGAGCCACUUCCUACAUUGGUCCAAACGACUCCAAUCAACAAGCUCGCAACCAACUCAAGUGUGCAUGUGUCAAAUUUUAAUGCUAUCAGAAAUGUGAAACAUAUCCAGAAAUUCCAGAGGCGACUAUCUUUGGAAAACAGGAAGUCCUAUGGAUUUAAACACCAGGUCUACAUAGGGGUUUCAACAUUAGAUUCUAGUGGUCAUCCAAUAAAAAAGGUUAGAGUUGCAAAUCAUAGCAGUCUGGUUACUGGUUUCAAUCUUAACGAUUUCAGUUGGCCUUCCCCUAAUGAUGAAAUUGCCUUCUGGAAAAAACACUUUCGGUCAUGGGAUGUGACUUCACAUUAUGUAGAUAACGUUGUGAAGGAUACAGAUGUUAUGCACAUCAUCCAUGUCACAGCUGAAAUGGCACCAAUAGCAAAAGUUGGUGGACUUGGAGAUGUUGUGACUGGUCUGUCCCGUGCUUGCUUAUUGCGUGGUCAUAAAGUGGAGAUAAUGCUUCCUUUCUACGAGUGUAUUCAAAAACAGCAAAUUGAAGAUUUGUGUGAGGAUGGUACAUAUAAUUCCUUUCAUAAUGGCAACUGGGUUUCUAUUAGGGCAUAUCGUGGAGCUGUAUCAGGCAUUCCUGUUAUACUUAUUCAACCAUCCAACCACUUUUUCAAGGGGCCAUCAGUAUAUGGAGGUUCCUAUAACGAGCUAGAAGCAUAUUUAUUUUUCAGCCGUGCUUGCCUUGAAUAUAUACAGGUUUAUGGCACACAGCCUGAUGUAAUGCAUGUCCAUGAAUGGCAAACUGGUGCUCUACCUAUACUAUACUGGGAUAUGUAUCAUAAUCUCUCAAUUAAGAAACCAAGAUUAGUUUUAACAAUCCACAACUUGGAGUAUUAUGGGGAGUGCAGGGUGGAGCAGUUUUCUAUGUGUGGCCUGGAUGGAUCUUUUUAUGCAACUGUUGAGAAGGCUGCUGAUGAUCGAACCAUUGGCCAUAAUCCUGAGAGAUUAAGCUUGUUGAAAGGUGGCAUCGUGUACAGCAAUGCUGUAACUACAGUCUCCCCAACUUAUCUUAAAGAAACACUGUGCUCUGGUUGGCUUGCUAGCACUUUGAUCAGGCAUCAUGAAAAGUACUUGGGUAUUUUAAAUGGAAUUGACAUUGCCUUGUGGAAUCCUGCUACAGAUGUAUUCUUGCCCGCUAAUUUCCAUGAACAAAAUAUUGAAGGAAAGCUAAUAUGCAAGCAUUACAUCCAAAGGGGGCUUGGUUUAGAUCCAGAGUGUUCGGUGCGUGGUGGGUGCCUGCAACAUAAUGUUAGGAAACCAUUGGUCAUCUGCAUCACCCGAUUAGUUGCUCAGAAGGGCCUCCAUCUGAUUAACUCUGCAAUACAGCAUAUUCAAGAAAUUGGUGGGCAGAUGGUUUUGCUUGGCAAAGCUCCUGAUGCUCGAGUUAACCAUGAGUUUGAGUACCUUGCAAGUGUGUACAAUGGAGGUUGCAACAUCCGAGUUCUUUUGACAUACAGCGAGGAGCUGUCCCAUAUGCUAUAUGCUGCUGCAGAUAUGGUUUUAGUUCCUUCUAUGUAUGAGCCUUGUGGGCUUGCCCAGAUGAUUGGCAUGCGCUAUGGAGCGGUGCCAAUUGUCCGAAAAACUGGGGGCCUUGCUGACACUGUGUUUGACAUGGAUGAUCAAGCGAAUCUUGACAAAGCAAAUGGGUUUGUCUUUGAAGGUAUAGAUGAAGGAUCCUUGAAAUUCACAUUGGAACGUGCUUUCCGUUACUACAAAGAAAGUAAGUUCCCUAUUCCUUGGACAUAUUUAUAUUUGAAGUUCUCUGUUUACUCCAGGAUCCACAAUGGUGGUUGCUGCUUGAAAUUUUCAGAAAGUUUGAUUGGUUUAAAAGAUAUAAAAAAGUGAAAUAUUUCAAGAAAG